GCAACCAAAAACAAUUGUGGUGGUUGUGGUAAAUUCUCUUCUUCAACUGGCUAGCACACAGUGGCAUCUGCGGCUUCACUUGCAGCCAGCCAUGCCGUACGAUCGCUUGGCUUAAGCCAGCCGAAUAUCAGCAGCAAAGCAGUCCACUGCACUCCUCAAACCAGCAGAAGUAUCAGUCUAACGAAAGAAAGUAACGCUUUGGAUCGCGUAUUUCGCGUUUGUCACUCGUUGCGUGCACACGUGUUCUCGGCUACGUCUCGCUUUAAGCCGUUAUUCAAAAAGAAAAAUAAAACAACAAGCACUGCGCUACACCUGAAAUCCAGCUGAGUUCGCACAUAAGCAAACUUAAGACUUAAAGUGUUCUUCUCCCAGUGUUUUAGAGAAAGAAAGCCACAAACAAAUAAAAAAUAAAAUAAAAAAUUAGUGUUAGAAGAAAAAGCGUUGAAGAGCAAGUGGUGCUUAACGAACCGUCCGCCUGGCCGACCAACUGCUCAGACAGACCCCAAACGACCAGCAGCAAACAGCCAAAUAGCCAACAAUAACAGCGUUCGCUCCACUUCUGCAGCUAGAACGGCUAAAAAAAAAAUUACUGCUGACUCGUUGGCGCAUAACUGUUUUUGGUGUGUAUCUGGUGUUGUGGUGUAGACUAAAAGUACAAAGAAACAGCAAAAAAAGUAAAAGAAAAAAUUUUAUAAAAAAAUUAAAUUCAAAUAGGAAGAAACGCAAAGAGGGUGAGAAGGUAUUGAGCGAGUAACAAAAAUCAGUGAAAAAAAUUAAACACUAAGAAACGAACGAUAAUAAAAAAUAAGAGGCUCAGUCUAGUAAGUGAGUUUUUUCCACAGCAAAAAAAAAAACCGACAACAAUCAACAAAACGUUUGCAAUCCGAGCCAACGACAAACAACAGCUAUAAAAGCUCUAUCAUCAACGCAUCUAACCAACCAUCCUGCAGCCUACGCGCCGACAAGUGUCUUAACAAGGAAUAAAAAUAAAAUCAAAUUUUAAAUUGAAACACAUUGCCUGAAAUAAUUAUCGGGAUUGGUGCAGAAAAGCAAUUUGGAUUAAUCUUUUCGGUGUAUUUUUGAGAUUCAACAACAUAGCGCACAGCUCCAAAAUGUGGAGCCCGCAAAAAGGUCCUACACGAUUGUGGGACCUUAGGUUUAGUCAUAUAUUUAUUUUACCUUUAAUGUUUAGUUUAGUCUUAGCUGGUAAUGAAUUGUGGCCCAUGGAACGGCCAGAGGGAAUGCCAAACAUAGUGUCUUUAGAAGUGAUGUGCGGUAAGGAUCACAUGGAUGUACAUUUGACAUUUUCACAUCCAUUCGAGGGCAUCGUCAGUUCAAAAGGGCAACACAGUGAUCCGCGCUGCGUUUAUGUGCCGCCAUCGACGGGCAAAACGUUCUUUUCUUUUCGGAUAUCGUACUCACGUUGCGGCACGAAACCCGAUUUGCAUGGACAGUUUUAUGAAAAUACGGUGGUUGUGCAAUAUGACAAAGAUUUGCUGGAAGUCUGGGAUGAAGCAAAGCGCUUGCGCUGCGAAUGGUUCAAUGACUACGAAAAGACCGCAUCGAAACCACCAAUGGUUAUUGCCGAUUUGGAUGUCAUACAACUGGAUUUUCGUGGUGAUAAUGUUGACUGCUGGAUGGAGAUACAGCAUGGCAAAGGCCCAUGGGCACCGCCAGUUAGCGGCAUUGUGCCACUAGGUUCUACACUUACACUUGUGGUUGCCAUCAACGAUUAUCGCGGUGAAUUCGAUAUGCGCGUCAAGUCGUGUGUCGCUUCAGAUGGUUCCGGUCAUGUUAUCAAUCUCUCCGAUGAAUUCGGCUGCGUACUACGCCCGAAAAUGAUCUCACGCUUUCUGAAGGCGCGCGCGCCCGAUGAGCGCGCCACCGUCAUAACCUAUGCCUUCUUCCAUGCCUUCAAAUUCCCCGAUGCGCUGAGCGUGCACAUUAAAUGCAAGGUAGAAAUUUGCCGCCAUGGCUGUCUGGAUCACUGUCAGCUCACCGGCAGCGUUAACGAGCGCAAGGAUGUGCUUAUGAACGACGCUUUGGGUAACCAGAACGAACUAAGUCAAGAGAUGGGACAUGGCAUACAUGGCGGCGGGCAACAACCGGCACUGGGCGGCAUGCCUUUGGGUGGUGGUGGCGGUGGCGGUGGUGGUGGCGGUGGCGGCGGUGGCGUUGGUGUUGGUAUGGGCGGUGAUGGCGCAAUCGAUCACGAUAUCUUCUACGAUGACAUCAUACACAAUCGCAAACAGCUGUCAUCGAUCAACAGCGGCAUUGCCAACAUACUCGAUCAGUUUAAUUUGCAUGAAAAGAAUGCCAAUGCCAAUCUCUCGCCGCGUCCGGUACACGAAGAGCCUGAAGAUUCCGAUCUGGAUUCGCUGUUCGGCGAAGACGAAUUAGCCGAUUUGGAUGAAGCUCAAUAUAUGGAAUUGAAGAAGAGCGGCAAAUUCCCACAUGGACCACGUCAAUUGGAGGCGCAAAAGCGCAUGGGUGUGCCCAUGGCCGGGCCACGUUCGCUAGAACCGAAAUCCAAUGAUGAUGCGACACAUCCCAUUUAUCGUCCUCAAGCGGAAGCACUGAAGCGGCCACGCGAAGAUCACAUUGACCUCGAUGAGGCAAACGAUGAGCUGCUCAAGCAUAAGUCGAAUCACACUGAGCAAGGUAGUGACGAAACGAAGUCGACACGUCGUCGACGACGAUCGAUCGUCAUUUCCGAUCGCAAGGUGCGCAGCGCGGACGUAGGUGUUAGCGGUCUGUACGAUGUCAUCUCGGAAGCUGAUCUUGCCUUCUCGCCAGAUUCGAAACAGGAAGCGGUCACCGUAUUUCAGGGCAAAAUAAGUGAGGAGGUGGUAUAUGGCAUUUGCAUGCCGGUGCCUGGCUUCAGCAUACUCUUCAUUGUCGUCAUUUCGGCAACAAUUGUAUCUGCGCUAAUCGCCGGUUCAUUGCUCUAUCGUUAUCAGCUGCAAAAGGAGGCGCUCGAAAAGCAAACUCCAAUACCGGCGCCUGGUACAUUCGCCUCUUGGAUGACUCUACGACUUUUCCGUAUGCGACAUUUGCAGGAACAACACGAACGACAGCAAAUUAGUGCUGGCACAGUUGCGGCAGCAGCAGCCGCAGCGGGGACGGUAGCGGUGGCGCACGAAACCGUGCAGUAG